AUGGUGAUGAAGCGCAAAGAGAUGGAGCAACCUAGCAAGUUUAAUCGGUACUCAAACAAUUCUCAGUUUCAAGUUGAUCAAUCUUUAAAUGAUGACAUGGCAAUAGAAAAGUUUCGUGCUAAUAUUCGUUUAUCCAGUCGUUCUAUUCGCAAAUCAGAUGCCCAACCAUUUAAGAACAUUCGUUAUAGUUCUAAACAUGGUUGUUACACCAUUACUUCUGAACCAUCUUCUUCAUCUUCUUUAACCUCAUUUCAAUGUGAUUUAUCGCAAAAUAUUGUCCGUGGCAAUGCUCAUAUCCCCGAGAUUUACACAAGAGAUCUCAUUUCAACCAUUGGAAGUGCUGACCGUUACCCGGUAGAUCGUGUUCCAAACUUCGAAGAAAACAGUUCCAUCAUCAAUGAUUCCAAAAAUUUGGGGCUUGAUUUGUCUCUCAAAAUGUAA